GCGUUUUCCCCUCGCUAUCUCCUUGGCACAUACUCUCCUGAUAACUUCGAUGAUUUCUCAAGUGUUCCUCGGGAGAUGUGUCGAUGUGUGUUGUAACCGUCGGAAUACUCUCGCAUCGCAAGUUUCAGUCUGUGUGUCGAUCCAGAAACGGCUAUCAGCAUACGUACAAACGUGCGGACAGCACUCCCGAUGGAACGGCGCGUAGCCGACCGUAAUCGUCUGCGGGGAGCGAACCGAUAACAUGCACAAUUAUUUGAUCGACGACGUCCAUCGACCGUCGAAUAGAACAGGCGUGAUAAGAAUCACGAUUACGAAAGAUAAACGUACGCCGCAAUGAAGAGUUUAUUUUAGAGAGAGAGAGAGAACCGGAUUUUUCUAAAAAGGAAACACGUAUAGCUGAUAUACUCGCCGCUGACCACAGCCACUCGUCGAAGUACGAUAACGAGGCAUGUAACGUUUCAAAAAAUCGUGAAGAGUUUUGUUAUAAAUCAAGAGGAUGAUGUACAGUGUCUCUAUUCUCUCACUUGUUCUGAGCGUACUGAUAGUUGGAACACUUUCAUUGGAUCUUUACUAUAAUUGCGAUUAUAUAUUUAAACCAAAACAUCUUGACGUUAAAAACCCUAACUACGACAAUCGAUAUCUUUUCUUUUGCCCUCCCGAAGAGUUCCCAACUCAUGUGGACUUUGUUAUAGAUGAAGACAGUGAAGAAGAUUUCCCAAGUGGUAUUGUAAAUGUUGUGUUUACACCUCCUAAAAUACAGUGCGAGUAUACACUCACUUUAUUAGUCAACCCUUUAAUCAAAAGUAAAGAAGAAUGUGAAAAGUACAAUUUUGAAAAAACCCACAAUCUUAUUUCAAAAACACAUACCCAAAAUAGGAAGGUGUGUCAUCUUAUGAACACCAAUAAUUCUAGCAAGAUAAAUCUGUAUGAGGAUAAGAUUGAGCUCGAGUACGGAUAUGUCUUUCCAGGAUGCUACGCACUACAGUUUCACACGAGUAAUAUACAUAAAUCUAUAGUAGGCAAGAAUUUUGUGAACACUACUUAUCAACGAGUCGAAGUUAAGGAACCACAAGUCAUUUGCAGAUCAGACGAAUAUUCUAACGUCGAGAAAAGACAAAAUUUCAUAUUGGAUGUUACACUACCACCAGAUACAGGAGACAAACUUGUUAUACAUUUGUUUAAACCGCAAAAUCAGAAUAUAAAACAAGGUUGUGCUUGGUCAAAAGAACCGGUAAUAUAUGAUUGGACAGUCGAUUUGGGAGUUAGUACUUCGAAAAAAGCAUUAACCGAUAAAAACUGCGAUGUAAAAUUGGUAAGGAGAGCAAAAGAAGGAUAUGAGAAAUUUGUACGGUGUCAUUUUCAACUGGAGUUACCUAUUGCAAAUUAUUGUUUGUUUUAUACAUUGUUUGAUGAUCGAUGUGAGAAAGAAACUACUAUAUGGAAACCACCGUAUUAUAUCGACACAAAUAUUGGGAAUAAAACAAUUACAUGUACAUGGGUAAGAGGCUGCGUGAAAAGUUUCGAAAAUUGGCCAUCUGUCGUGAAUGUUCAGUCAAGGAUGAUGAAAUCAGAUAAAUUGUUGAGCACAAGUUCGUAUCUAUUGCUGCCAAUUAUUGCCAUUAUAUUAAUCGUGUCGGCAGUAGUGGGAAUAUUAUGUUUCUGGUAUUAUUGGCGUAUUCGAAAUGAGGAAGUCAGCUUGUAUACAAAUUCGCAGCAUGAUGAUUCUGAUUGCCUUAAAUCCAUCGAUUUCGGUAUUGAUGAAAUCAAGAAGAAAGGAAUCAGUCAUGAUAAUUAUUCAUGCGACGAUAUUGUUCUUCUUUAUACUAACAAUUCAACAUCUUUUAUGGCACUGAUGAAAGAUUUUCGUCAAACACUUGCCAAGAUGUGCUCUUGUUCCGUGCACGACUGGCAUGACGGAGCUGUAUGGAAUAAAGUAGCCAAAGUUGGUGCCGUUUUAUGGUUUACCGAAUUACUUAACAACGGAUGUCGCUGCAUUUGGAUAGAUACACCAGCCACGAGAUCUGUUGUUAUAUCAAACUCGAGAAACAAUGAAUCGAGCGUGGAUGAGCUCAGUAUAUGUUACAAAAUACACGAUUUUCGCGACAUGGCAUUUCGUGUUGUGCUUGAAGUGGCAAAAAGCAAAGUAAACGACGUCGCGCGACAGUAUCGUAAACAUUUUGUUGUAAGGUUUGAAGAAAUUGAAGAAUUAAAAAUAGAGAAUACAAUAAACGUGAACGAUCCAUUUUUAGAUCUCUCUCCUCACGCGCGAUAUUACAUACCGCAGCAUCUCAUGCAAUUGUGUUCGGACUUGUCGGUGGUGAAAGCAGAAAUUUAAUAAAUAUAAAAAACGAUAUGAUAGAAGAUCUUCGCCAUAUUUUUAUAUAACUUUAUAAAUCCAGCCGCAGCAACGUCUAAAAUUUAUGAAGGUGGAGUCAGUAAUAUGGAAUAACUAAAUAAGUUAUUUUAAAUUCUCAGCGUUAUAUAAGCCACGACUAUCCUACACAACGAGACCUCCUAGUGUUUUCCUAAAGCGCAGUUCGUGAUUUUAAAAGCACAAAUUUUUUAUAAUAUGUCAAAGACACUACCUCAUAGUACGUAAGAAAUUGUGUAAAGCAACAUAUAGUUGUUUAUAGGUGUCUUCCGUCAUGACAGAAGAGUUAAUAUUUGUAACAAUUCUAAAUUAUAGGAUUAUUAUUCUAUAAUUAUAUUUGUUGUUUACUUUUUUUGAGCGAUAUUGAUGUGAAGACUAUCGUUGUCCGAUACUUUCACGAUUAAUUAUUUAACGUUGAAUUCGAUUUUGCACAAUUGUUGUAUAUUGUUUAAGUUUUAAUUAAGCUUCAUACAUUUAUUAUGUUGAUAUAAAGAUGUAUAUUUGACAUAUAAUAUAUAUAUAUAUUUUUUUUUAAUAAAAGAACUUCGAAAAAAUAA